GGAAUGCGGAGUGACUCCACAUCCGCUCCCCUCUCUCCACUCCUAUUCUUAUCUCGGCAUCGUCUGCAGCGACUGCAAUGGGGCUGCUGCUGGUGGCGGUGGAUUUCUUGGGCACCAUCUGGGCGCUGCAAGAGAGGAGACUGUCGACGGUCUUCCACGCCGCGACUUCGGUCGUUGGCUCCCUCGUCGUCUCCCUUGUCUACUGCCUUCUGGUGGUGGGAAUCUGACCCGCUCGAUGAUGGCAGUGGAGGGUGGACAACGAAGCUGAUGGGGAAGUAGGUCAACCACCCACAACAAUUAAUGGAUCCUAUCAAAGAUGGGACACAGAGAGGGGUGAGAGAUGGCAAGGAAUGAAAUGAUCAAGAAACGCAACCUCCAUUGAUGCUGCUCUUUGCUCCUCCUCCUCCUCUUAGGGUUUCGGCUCGACGGGGUGACGAAGGAGUAACGAGUUGUUCUUACGUCGGGAAAGCGGGCGGCGGAAGCAUUGCAUCGAAGCCUGACGAAGAGAAGCACGUAAUCCGACUGCUUACCGCGUCGUGUUCUUAGGGCCCAAUAAGGCCUUUAUCCAUACAAGAAGCCCACCGAUGCAUCAAUAUGCCCAAAAUUUGAAGGAUAAAUAUUUAUCUCGAUCCGAUAAACAUAUAAUAUAUCUAUAAAUUCGAGAAACGAUCAAAUCAUGGAUGCGAGUUGGAUCCGUUGGACUCAUCGGAUUCGGUUCAUAAAAUGGGCUAAUGAGCUGAAUAGUGGAGUUGAAUCAAAUGUUAAGGCUCUUUCCGCCCCCCUUCUCGUACACAAAAAAAUACCAGCCAUGUUAUUGGUCGCAUUCGGUCUAAAGGGCUAAAAUGUAAUUUUCUAUGGAAAUAAUCAGGAAAUCCAAUAUGUAGUCAUUCCCCCUCUUUGCGACGCCCUCCUCAAUCCCCCGCCUGGCCAUGGCAGUCUCAGCUUCCGCUUCACUGUCGACCUUUUUCUCCGAGCACAAGCCCUUCGAGCCCAACACUGAGGCCAUCAGGCAGCGGCUCCUCCGCAAGGGCGUCUUCCCCACUCCCAAGAUCCUCCACGCCCUACGCAAGAAAGAGGCCCAGAAGGCCUUCCGCAGAUCCAAGAAACGAGCCCUCCAAGAACAACCCCCUCCCCUCUCCGAGGCCCAGAGGCGGGCCUUGGAGGACGAUGACCUCUUCCGCACCGUCUCCGCCGAGUACGGUGCCGUGAGAGAGGAGCUCCGCCGGAGGGACGAGAGGGCGGUGGCGCUCUCUGGGAGGCCGUGGGAGGGCUCCAAGGCUGUCGACUUGCGAGGACUCGCGAGCGCGAUGGAGGAUCCCGGAGGUGGCAGGCUGAGGACUGAACACCUAGAGGAGCUGAGGCGGAUGCUAGCCGAGAGGAACGAGGAGCGGUUCCGAUGGCUAUUGGUUAACGAUGAAGUAGAGGAUGCAGGUGGUUUUGUAGACAAACAAGAGAGGAAGGUGCCGAAAUCGAGGCUGGUGGUAGGAGCUGAAGAGAAAAUUCGCUUGCUUGUGGACAGGCUCAGUGCUACGGAUUUAAGUUUGCAUGACUGGAAGUAUUCAAGGAUAAUGAAGCAAUCGGGCAUGUUCUUUACUGAGAUGCAUUUGCUUAAAAUAGUUGAACGACUAGGGGUUCUUGGAAACUGGAGUCAGGCACUGUCUGUUGUGGAAUGGGUGUACAACGAAAAGCAAUACAAGCAUAGGAAAAGCAGGUUUGUGUACACCAAGCUUCUAGCUCUUUUAGGCAAGGCAAGGAGAUCAACUGAAGCUCUUCAAAUUUUUAACAAAAUGCGGGAAGAUGGCCAGAUAUAUCCUGACAUGGCUGCAUACCACAGUAUUGCUGUUACACUUGGUCAAGCUGGACUUGUGAAUGAGUUAGUCAACAUAGUUGAAUGUAUGAAACAAAAACCCUCUAAAACACUCAAGAAUAUGAACCGCAGAAACUGGGAUCCAUGCUUGGAGCCAGAUGUGAUCAUUUACAAUGCUGUGCUGAAUGCAUGUGUGCCAUCCCGUCAAUGGAAAGGGGUGUUUUGGGUUCUGGAACAGAUGAGGCAUAGGGGAAUAAAGCCUAUUGGAGCAACUUAUGGAUUAGCAAUGGAAGUCAUGUUGAAAGCGAGAAAAUAUGAUCUUGUACACAAGUUCUUUGAAAAGAUGCAAAGAGGUGGAAUAGUUCCAAAAGCUUUAACUUACAAAGUUCUUGUUAGAGCCUUUUCGGAAGAAGGUAAAGUAGAUGAAGCAGUCAUAGCAGUCAGGGAAAUGGAACGGAGAGGAGUAGUUGGAGCAGCUUGUGUUUAUUAUGAAUUAGCAUGUUGUCUUUGCAACAAAGGGAGAUGGCAAGAUGCAAUAAUUGAGGUUGAGAAGCUACAAACACUUCAUCUUACAAAACCUUUGGAGGUGACAUUUACUGGCAUGAUCCUAUCUGCAUUGGAUGGUGGACACAUUGCUGAUUGCAUCUCAAUUUUCAAGCACAUGAAAGACCAUUGCACUCCUAAUAUUGGAACCAUAAAUGCCAUGCUGAAAGUUUAUUGUUGCGGAGACAUGUUUGCGAAAGCUAAAGAACUGUUUGAAGCUACUAAAGCCACCUAUUGUCGAUCAAAGCCUCACUCUGCAAAUGGUUCAUCUCUUCAGCUGGAUGCUUAUUCAUUCAAAUCCAUGCUAGAAGCAUCUGCCUCUGCUCAACAAUGGGAGUAUUUCGAGCAUGUGUAUAAGGAGAUGACUCUCUGCGGUCACCAGCUAGAUCACAGGAAACAUUCAUGGCUACUAGUUGAAGCAUCUAGAGCUGGAAAGUGGCAUUUGCUGGAGCAUGCAUUCGACACAGUACUCGAAGCGGGAGAAAUUCCUCAUGUAUCACUGUUUAUCGCAAUGAUAUUCCAGACCAUUGCGCAACAAAACUUUGCAAGGACAGCAAGUCUCCUCAAUGGCAUGGCUCAUGCUUCACUCAAGGUAAGUGAGAGUCAGUGGGCAAGCAUCCUCCAGAGGGACAUGGGUAGGUUUAGCAUGGGGAGGUUGGAAGAUCUGUUGAACCAUUUCCAGAGCUGUAAUGUUGUGAUGGAAGAUCCUGUACCCAAUUUUUUGAAGUCACUGCAGUAUGUUUGCGGCACUAGACUAUCGAAGGAUGCCUCUACCUCUGCAGAGUCUUAUGUGGCUUCGAUGGACGAUGACACUUUGGAUGAGAAUGACAGUGAUUUUGAGAGCGUUGGCAGAAUUCAGGACUAUCAACCUGGUGAACUGUCUCCUGAAAUUAAUGGUGGCUGCGUCGAAACCUUAGAUGGAAGCCAUUAUAGAGAUGAGAGUUUGCAGAAUUACGACUUGGAGCCUUCUGUUACUGAUAAAACACUGGAUUUGCUGACUGCCCACAUUGGAACACCUUUCUCAGACUUGCCACCAGCAUCAGAAAUACUCGAGAAAUGGAGACAAGACAGGACUAAGGAUGAUAUGUUAUCCACUCGACACUGAAGACAAGGGUUCAGUAUUUUCUUGUGAUGAGGAACUGUAAGAAAGAGUAUAUUGUUUUUCCUCUAGAUGUAUAAUAUUUAUUUUCUAUGAAACGCCUAGCUUCUAAAAUAAAUAUCUGACGCCAGGAUGUGCAUUUGUAGAUAAAGCUAAUAAUAUUUUUGGGUGAUUUUUCUGAAAA